AUGGAAACUAAACGACGAGAGUUGGAACAGGAGGAUUUGCUGAAAGAGACUAUUGCGGCUGCUGAGGCGGAGAAAGCGAGGGCGGAUGAACUAGAUCUGAAUGUCAAGAAUCUCCAAGCCGAUCUCAAGGCUUUGGAAGGAGUUGACAAGGAAAACACCAACCUUCGCUAUGAAAACAACCGGCUUAAAAAUGAACUUGCUUCUAGUCAGGCGGCUCAUAAAGAAGAGCUUGAAAAAGAACAACGCCGCCUGAUUGCUGAGAACGAGACCGACAAUGAGGAGCGCAUGAAGCUCGCCUGGGGGCUCAUACACCCGGACUAUGACUACGAAUUCUUCGACCUUAGGUAUAAGUAUGCCUCAGAGGUAUAUGAUGCCAAGGUGCUUGGCCUAGACCCGCCUGCUUCCUUCGAUGAGUGGGCCGGUUUGGUCGAAGAAGAGCAGCAAGAGGCUGAAGCAAUGAAGAAGGUAUCUGCUUUGAAAAAGGCGGCAGCACAGUACCGCUCGGCGGUUUUGGGCAAACGCCCAACUGAGGAGUCGCCAGCCAAUAAGUCGGCUGGGGACCGGUCGACCCCUCAGCCGCCUCCCGAGAAGGCCCGAAAGCAAGCGGGAGGGGACACAAGCACCCCUCUCCGUCCUCGUAAACAUGUGGCGACCAAACAUGGAUCGUCCCCUGCUGCCAACUUCCCUUUAGAGAAGGGUCGGCAACAGAAAAAGGACAAACGUCCUACCGAGAAAAACAAGGAGAAGGCGCCUGAUGGUGAUCAUCCUUCUCGGCCAGACCUCACUGCCAUAGCAAAGACUAUGCUGCAGGCGGUCCCUUAUCAAGAGAAGGAAAUGGCGGCUGCGAAUCAGCAAGUCAAGGAUGACCUGGAGGCGGCCAAAGAGAAAAUAAAGGAGCUCAAGCUCAAAGUCUCUGAGAACCAGGGGAAGGCCGACACCCAUGACGAGGCUGUGAAGGUGGCGGAGGACCUGAAAGCCAGCAACGCCCGCCUGAAGCAGCGCCUGGCCAACCAGGAAAAAUAA